CCGAGGAAGAGCAAACAAAAAGCCUCGGAAUAUUUUCACUUCUCCUUCUUCUUCCUGCUCAGAAACCGCCAGUUGUGCUGGAGAUCCCUGAUAUAACAACUCACUAAUACUAUGCCUGCUCCGUCGCUCGUACGUCUGCUCCCCGUCUGAAGCUGGUGCCGGCGCAGGCCUCCUCGCUCUUCUCCGGCCAUCCGCCGCCGCCACCUGCUUCACCGCCCGCUCCUCAUCUCCUCUGCUGCUCACUAACCCGCUCAAAUCUCGCAGAUGUUUGCUGCUGACGGCACUACACCCAACUCCGCUGCUUCCAGCGUUAUGAACGAGGAGCCCGAGGACGUCCGAAUUGCCGGAUAUGAUCCCCUUGUUCCUCCUGCCCUUCUCCAGCUCGAGUUCCCGGCCUCGGCCCGCUCGAACGAGACCGUGAUCAUGGGCCGCAAAGGCGCAGUCAAGAUCAUCAACGGCAAGUCCGACAAGCUGCUCGUGAUCGUCGGCCCCUGCUCGAUCCACGACCCCGAGGCCGCCUACGAAUACGCCGCGCGUCUGCGGAAGGUGGCCGACCGUCUGCAAGACGAUCUGCACAUCGUGAUGCGCGCGUACCUCGAGAAGCCGCGCACGACCGUCGGCUGGAAGGGUCUGAUCAACGACCCCGACAUUGACGAGUCGUUCAAGAUCAACAAGGGCCUGCGUCUCAGCCGGCAGUUGUUUUGCAAGCUCACGGACAUGGGCGUGCCGAUCGCGUCCGAGAUGCUCGACACUAUCUCGCCCCAGUUCCUGGCCGAUCUGCUGUCGUGCGGAGCCAUCGGCGCGCGCACGACCGAGUCGCAGCUCCACCGCGAGCUCGCGUCCGGCGUCUCGUUCCCGGUCGGGUUCAAGAACGGCACCGACGGCUCGCUCGACGUCGCCAUCGCGGCCGUCGGCGCCGCGUCGCAGCCGCACCACUUCAUGGGCGUCACCAAGCAGGGUCUGGCGGCCAUCACCUCGACCAAGGGCAACGAGCACUGCUUCGUCAUUCUGCGCGGCGGCACGAGCGGGCCGAACUUUGACAAGGAGCACAUCCAGGCCGCGAAGAAGAAGCUGCCGGCGGGGAUACCGCUGAUGGUGGACUGCUCGCACGGCAACUCGAUGAAGGACUACCGCAACCAGCCCAAGGUGUGCAAGACGGUCUCGGACCAGGUGCGCGAGGGCGAGGAGAUCAUCAUGGGCGUCAUGAUUGAGAGCAACAUCAACCCGGGCAAGCAGAACGCGGCCACUAGAGACCAGCUGCAGUACGGCGUCAGUAUCACCGACGGAUGCGUGUCGUGGGAGGAUACGGUGCCGAUGCUCGAGGACCUGGCUGCUGCCGUGCGCGAGCGAAGGCAGAAGGUUGCUGAGAAGCGGCAGGCGGAAAAGUUGCAGGGCCAGUAAAUAGUUGUUUUGUCUGCAAAUGAAUAAAAGUCUAUGUUUAUAUAAGCGUCUA